ACAAAUUAUACUAAUAAAAUCUCUCCAAAUGACUGGUAGUUUAAUGCAAUUAUCUCUCUCACAUUCUGGUCUUCAUUAUAAUUGAGUUUCCAUAACAAAAAUCUGUUUAUAUAAAAUACCAGGGUCGAUGCUUUCUUCUCAUCUUGCAGUACUGACCACUUAUAUAUUCAUUUCGUUCAAAUUCAUUGAGAAGAAAACAAUGAAAACGUUUUUGUGGGGUUGGAGUCUCGCAGGAGUACUCAUUCUCUUCAACAUUCUUGCAAAUGGGGAAACGGGUUUUGAUGAAAUAGGAAUGUUAAACGAUUUCAAUGGAACAAAUGCUAAUGUUCUGAUGGUAGGACUCACUCUUGUCCAAGCCGCUGAUGCUAAAGGAGCGGUGUGUCUGGAUGGGUCAGUGCCUGGAUAUCAUUUGUAUCGAGGUUAUGGUUCAGGAGCAAACAAUUGGAUCAUUCAGUUACAGGGAGGUGCGUGGUGUACGAGCAUAAAAGAUUGUCAGAACCGUAAGCAUAGUAGUUAUGGAUCGUCUAGCUUAAUGGAGAAAGAGUUGGCGUUUACAGGAAUACUAAGCAACAAAGCCGCUGAGAAUCCAGAUUUCUACAACUGGAACAAAGUAAAAGUCCGGUAUUGUGAUGGCGCAUCCUUUGGCGGUGAUAGCGAAAACAAGGCGGCGCAACUUCAGUUUAGAGGAAAGCGUAUAUUUUUAGCUGUCAUGGAAGAUUUGAUGGCGAAGGGAAUGCGACAGGCAAAACAGGCUUUGCUCAACGGAUGUUCUGCUGGCGGUCUUGCAGCUAUUUUACGAUGCGAUGAUUUCAAUGACUUGUUUCCUCCUACCACCAAAGUAAAAUGCAUGAGCGAUGCUGGCUUCUUCCUCGAUGCCGUUGAUGUAUCUGGAGGUCAUUCUUUAAGGCGUAUGUAUUCUGGUGUUGUAAGCACCCAGGGUUUGCAAAACACGCUUCCUCGCACCUGUACAAGCCAUAUCAAUCCAAGUUUGUGUUUCUUCCCUCAAUACAUAAUCAACCAAGUCAAGACCCCGUUGUUUAUUCUCAACUCCGGUGUUGAUGCGUGGCAGAUUGGAAAUAGCUUAGCUCCACCAUCUGCUGAUCCAAGUCGCAGUUGGCAUAACUGUAGCUUUAGCUUCAGGUGCACUCCCUCUCAGAAGAAAUUCUUGGAAGGUUUCACGAUAAGCAUGUUAAAUGCGCUAAAGACCUUUUCGACGUUUAGCAAGAACAGAGCGUUGAUUACCUCUGGAUGGGCUCAUUGUCAAGCGGAGAGACAAUAUGAUUGGUUUCCUGGAAACUCUGGAGCGGGUAAAGCUAAGGGGAUUUCUGUAGCAGUUGGAGACUGGUAUUUCGAAAGAAAAGCUCGUUCGUAGAGUAUGAUUAUCCUUGAGACAUUAUCAAAAAUCGUCAUUAUGAUAUGUUUGUUUUAUUUCACCCACAUCAACUAAAAUUGACGUUUUAAUACAAAGGCAGAGAAGGGAAUCUUAUAUACAUGCAUGUAGUUGUUGUAUCAUUGUCCUUAUCAAAUCAUAUAGUCAUAAGAC